CAAACGUUCACCUUGAUCAAGGCUCACUAGGAUGGAUUCAAUGACUACUGAAAGAAUCGAUGACUUCUUUCGUCCAUAUACACAUCCUACGUAUAUAUAUGGAGGCCUUGGAACACUGUUCGAGACCUUUGAAACUCAGCCACCUCGCUUUUACUCUACUGCAGGGCUCACGAGUCACCAUCGCAUAACAUAGGCAUGUCCGAGUCCCACCUUACUCCUCAUCCAAGCUCUGUCAUGUCAGAUGAUAUGCAUGCACCUGCAUUCCUUCCCCCCAUAGUCCAUCAUCUGUCACAAUAUGUGGACGAUGCGAAAAGAAGAUUCAAGCCCUACGACAGGGAUGGUCCCACCAUGUGGGCCCUCCGCUUCGCUGAAAGUUACACUACCCCAGGGAACACCGAUACGAGUCUCAUGGAUAUUCAGAGUGGCAAGCAUCAAUUACGCUCUGGCUUGAAACACCUGUCCAAUGAGGCCAUGGCUCAAGCCGUCCUCACGAAGGAAGCUGAUCGUGAGUGGAGACGCCUGAGUGCCAUGGCAACGGCUUGGCGAAUCGAGGCGUCUGAGCGACACACAAAGUUCCUUCAUAUGGUUCUUGAGUGUGAGGCUGAUACAUAUGCUAGCGCCACUUCAGAACCUCUCGACACAUCAGUUCAAGCUCUUGUAAAGAGGAGCUUCAAGACUGUAUAGACUUUGGUGCCGUCGCGUAUCAACAUGACACGAUGUCAUUCGGUGUUGCGGACGAACAGUUCACUGACAUGGAGGCUUAUGCUCGAGAGCAUUACCGGUCCAACGAUGUUCGUGCAGAAGGUAGCAAGCAAGCACUUGCCGCCGACUCUGGCGGUAGCUCAGAUGAAGUGACUCAAGGCAGUCCGGAGUCUGUGCAUGAAUCCACAGAGAACUCCUGAGUCUGACAACUGAUGUGAUUACCGAAUUGAUCUUCUCCCAUUAUGCUCGUACUGACUUUGUGUAAUAGACAGUACGUGAGCAGAAAAGCUGUACUUCUAAGUCCAAAUCAUUAGGACAUUUCCUUUGUAGAAACACUGCCAUUACGAAGAUAAUUGUAUUUUCUUGGUCCCCAUUUUGAGUGACUCAAUAUCCGCUGCGAAGAUCAACAACUAUAGAAGG